UUUUUUCUGGCUGAGGAUGAAAAAAAGAAAGACAGCCAAGCUUUUAGAACACAGCAGUUACUGACUGCAUUAAUCAUUUAUUCGCAAAAAUCCGGUGCUGUCUUGGUCAACUUUUGUCCCCAGGUAUAAGAAACUUCUCUUUUCCCCUAAGUAAGGACUCUCAGUUCGGAGCUGGGAGCUGUUAAGUUACUUAUUUGCUUCCACUUCGAAAACCAGAAGGAGCCUGGCAUCCAAAUUGCCGGCUUCGCCGCCUCAUUCACCCAGCUAUUCCCGGGCCCACAGACCUCUAACUGGGAGUGGGAGCGGGGGAGAGGGUGGGGAGGGGGGUGGAAAGAGGGACGCGACGGGUCGAAGAAAGAAGUGUAUUUUCCAUAAGAGCCUCUUACCGACCUGGCUCAAAAAUUGGGAAGCAGCGGUUUCGGCAGCAGCCACCGCACCACCCUGCCAAGCAGAAACUUCAGCUAAAAGCAGCGGGCAGGCGCGAGGAGGGGCCCGGGAGGAGGGCAGCGCUUCUGGGAUAUUUAAUGUAAGUCUUGCAACAGGCUUCAAAGAACAUUGCUCUCAACUCCCCGCCUCCCAACCUCCCCUUCGCAUCCCCCCCCCCCAUCAUUCCCCGAGCCCCAACCCCUUUCUCUCUUUUCCUGUUGCGUCCCAACCCUCCGCCCCACGUUCUUCUUUUGCUGGCACAUACUGACCCAGAGCAGUUCAGCUCUGCUCAGCCGUGCCGUGCAGUGUUGUGCGCUGCGCAGCUCCGCUCAGCUUCGCAGAGCCCAACGGCAAGGGCGCGGAGCCGGGGAGCCCCAUCCUUGCGCUCCCUUGGAUUCCGGGGCCGCUCCCCUCCUAAGCCGCAGGCGCUGCCGCCUCCGCCUCCGCCGUCUCCUCCUCCUCGGGAGUUGCGCGCACAGCGGAGGCACCCCUCGGGACUCCCGCAGCCAGCCAGACGGUCUGCAGAGUGGACCGACAGACGGGAGCCCCCGCAUCAGGGUAAGCGGCCGAAGAGCGCGCUUAGAGACCGCCCCGCAGCAUGGAUUCGGAUUCUGGGGAGCUGAGCGAGGGAGAGCCGGUCUCCGCUGCAGCAGGCUUGUUGAAGCUGCCUAGAAGAAAACGUUUGUGCUCAGAGAGGUGUUUGUGUAUGCCUUAGACAGAUGGAAGAUAGACUUCAAAGAAGAAGAAAGGAAAAGAACUAACCCACCAACAUCACAAGAGAAAAAACACUGGUCCCUCAAACUUGGAUACUGAAACAACAGUGAUUUCUGAGAAAUCAUCAUGAUUUUGAAAAAUCGUGGAAGUCAAAAGAAGUGCUGAAGGAAUAAAGAAUUGCACAUUCCCGAUUUGCUAAAAAAUAAAUACUUAAGUCUUCAAGUCACAAACUAGUGAACCAGAUUUUAUUUCCAGAAAAAAUUUUAUAUUAUACUAUGAAAGAUUUAGUUUGUGAACGUUCAGAAGAGGAAAUGAUGAUUAUAAACAAUAUGCCAGGCCAACUUCAUUUUCUUUUGACAAGGUUAACUAAACUAGUCGAUAAAGGGAGUAGGGUAGGGUAGCUCUAUUUUAUCGGGAUUUUAGUGAACCAUUAAAUUUUUGUGUAAAGAGAUGAAGAGAUAUGGGAUAGACUAGUGGUGUCAAAUUCAAAUAGAAAGGAGAGCCACUAAUUCAUAAAGCUCCCCAUGGGCCACAUGAUGACUUAAUUUUGUAAUAAAAUGUUAUCUAUGUUAUAUUAUAUUUUUCAUUUAGUUAAAUAUUUCACAGCUCUAGGCCAGUGCAUUUAAUUAGGUGGGUUUAGAAUAAUUUGGAUGGCAAGACCCAAAGGAAUAGUCAUUAAUAGUUGUUCUGAGUUAUCUUGAAAGAAGGUUUUUACUAGGAUGCUAGAUCCUUUGUUGUUUACAUUUUUGUCAGUGAAUAAUGUACAGAUGGCACGUUUAUCAAAUUUAUAGGUGAUUCAAAGCUUAGAGGAAUAGCUAACACAUUGAAUUGUCAGAAGAAAGAAAAGAGAAAGAGAAGGGAGGGAAGGAAGGAAAGAAGGGAAAAAAGAAAGGAAGGGGUAGAGGAAGACAGGAGAGACGAAGGGAAGGAAAAAAGCAAAGAGGAAGGGAGGGAGGAAGUAUAGAUGGAUAAACUGUGUGCUAGUCCUUUUGGCCCUGACUUAUUUAGCUCAAAGAACCUUGCUCUUCAAGCACAGAAGAAAAUUCUGAGCAAACUAGCUAGUAAAACCAUGGCCAAUAUGCUUAUCGAUGACACCAGCAGUGAGAUCUUUGAUGAGCUCUACAGAGUCACCAAAGAACACACUCACAACAAGAAGGAAGCCCACAAGAUAAUGAAAGACUUAAUUAAAGUGGCUAUCAAAAUCGGGAUUCUCUACCGAAACAAUCAGUUCAACCAAGAGGAAAUGGAGAUUGUGGAGAAACUCAGGAAGAAACUAAAUCAGACAGCCAUGACCAUUGUGAGCUUCUAUGAGGUAGAGUACACUUUUGAUAAGAACGUGCUUUCCCAGCUACUAAAUGAGUGUAAAGAUCUGGUGCAUGAACUGGUGGGGAGACACCUGACUCCCAGGACCCAUGGACGAAUCAACCAUGUCUUCAAUCACUUUGCAGAUGUGGAAUUCCUCUCUGCUCUCUAUAGCCUGGAUGGAGAGUGCCGGCCCAACCUCAAAAAGAUCUGUGAUGGAGUCAACAAAUUGCUGGAGGAAAAAAUUCUUUAAAUUUUUUCCCUCCAUUUCCUCUUCCUUGAUUUAAAAAGUCAGUCACCGAGUGUCUUUGAUGAGAAACAGCAGCAACAAUAACAACAAAACAAAAAUCCUAUAAAAUGUAUCAGUUUUCUGUCUCAUUCAUCUAGCAGAUGCUAUUUUAUUUGAGUCCAGGUAUACUCUUGGACCUCCUUGAUGUUGGAUUUUUAAUGUAUGUCUGUUUGUUUGCAAGUACUUGACAUAGAUGGCACCUCAGAGACUUGUUAAGGAUAAAUGAUAACAUAUCCCAAGCAGGGAAACUAGUCCGUAGAACUACAACAAAAUGAAGGGAGACCACCAACUCAGCUUUUCUGAGUGUGAGAGGGGUGAUUAAUUCAGGAGGUAAAGAGGAAAAGAACAACAAAAUGCAAACAACUGGCUUUUAAAUUAAAUGUCUUCUUCCAGGUGUUCAGAUUGUUAAAAAUAAUAACAACCUAGAAAUUUAAGGAAAUACAGCCUCCCAACACAAGAAAAUAUAUUCCCCACUCUUCUAGCAUCAUUAAGAAAUAUGCUUUAGUUAUUUUGGGAUGGGAUGAUAAGAGGUCAUGAAGAGUUUUUCUAUUUCAGAUGUUAUGAUGCUUCAUGGGAGAUAAUUUCCUGGGCAUAUGUCCCUAGUCCGUAAUGAGAGGUAAUGUCCCUUCUAUAGCUGCCCUAGAAACAUACAUACAUCUCAUAUAUGUGUGUGGGUAAUCAGCUAUGGUUCAAGGAAACUCUAUCUGACCCAGGCACACACAAUCAAUAAGGAUUUAUUAUACUAAUGCACGGAUGAAAAUCAAGCAGGAGGUAUAUCUUUCCUUCAUUUUUGACUUUCCCAAGUUUCACAGCCCCAUUUUUGGUGCCUAUGAACAAAGGAGGAGCUUGUGAUUAUGAUUCAGAAACAAAAACCACCUGCCACGAGAUGCUUCCCUAUAAUAAGAACAGUGGAAAUGACAGGAGAGAAAUCCAGAUGUCAGAACACAUGCCCCACUCUAUUCUCCGGAACAAAAAUGAUCAUAUUGUCUCAGAUUAUGGUCCAAACUGGCCCUGUAGUCUGUCUCUGACAGCAGUGCCCAUACAUGGAUGGAUGACUUGUGGGAGGUCAUGGUUGCAACAUCAGCCAAAACAGCAAUGGCCCAGAUGCCAACUAGUCAGACUUGAAUUGCUCCCUUUGUCAAAGUCUAUUAAACACUUCAGUGAAAAAUA